UGAGUGAUGUUGUUUGGUUUGGUAAAUUGAAAUUCACAGAGACUGAAUUCAUUAUGAACAUGGAUCCUCAUAAUCUUGAAGAGAGACAAAUAAUCCAAGGUAAUGUUUCGUUAAUCAAUUAUGAUAGUGAAGAUAUUUUUGGUAACAUACCCUAUAGAGUUGAUGGAAAUAAUGUCAAAGUGACUAGCUCUAAAACUACUUAUAGUGUGAUAUUAGAGUAUCAAGAUAAGAAAAUAGGGUUCGGAUUGGUUUUCAAAGAACCAAUGAAGGCUGAUGAAUUCAAUAUUGCGUUGCAAAAGUUUAGAAAGGAUGCUAAAGCUGCAUUGAAAACACAUGAUGAUUUCGUGAAUGAUCUGGAGCAAGGUGUUCAAAGUUUGAAAUUGGAUCAAGAAAGUCCCUCAGAAGUUAAGACAGAAGAAUUUUUGCCUGAGAAUGACAUCAAAAAGGUUGCCGAACCUGAUACAGAAGAAAGUGAUUUGGAAUUUGGUGAUUUUGUCACUAGUGAAACUUGAGGAUUGAACUAGAAAAAAUAAUCAGGUUCAAAAAACUUCCUAUAGAAAGCACUCUAUCUUUCAGAUAGCAAAUGGAGGAUCAUAAUCAGAAAAAAGCAGAAUAACAGCCUUCACCCAAAGUGAAGUCUGAUGUUUCAAAAAAAGAAAAAGAUGAGCAAAACAGGAUAUUCACACUCAAAACUCCACUCAAUUCCAAUAGAAGUUUAUUCACUUCAUGUUCAUACUCAUAUACAUAUUCAA